AUGGUCAGUAAGGAGGCAGGCCGCUGCACUCUGUCAAGCUCAGAGUCGGACUCGGAGUCCGGUGGUCCUUCAUUGGGAGGAGAGAGCGGAGGUCGGGCGGGCACUGUACGCAAGCGAAACAAAGCCCUGCAGGUGCACUUCAAAGACAUCUGUGAGGCGCAGAAUGAGGUUGCCCACAGAAGUGCCAGAGCCCGCUCCGUUUCCUGCAAGGUCAUUCACAGGCGGUACAUGACCAUGCCAGCACGGCGCUCGAUCCCCAACGUCACAAAGAGCACAGGUGUACAAACCUCUCCAGACUUGAAAAAGCGAUACCAGACUUUCCCCUUCGAACGCAAGAAGGGGAAUGUCAUCAAACACACUGCUCUGGUGGAAAACUACCCAGAUCACAAUAACGGGCUCCUGAGUGACGUAAAGGCUGGGGAGAAAGGGGCACGGCAAUGUGACGGCAGGGUGCAGCAGACCCGAGUACUGCUUCACAGUAUGCCACAGUGUAGUGCUGCUAAGGACUUAUGUGUUGGGCCUGACUGCCCAAAUGGAACACUCUGCCCUGAUCCAUCAUGCCAGGGCAGAGAUACAGACACAGUUUCGGAUCAGUUGGACUCAAGAAGAGAGGGCAAUAUCCCAGGGAGCAGGGCCAAACACAAAGGAUUACCCAGUGAGAGUGAGAUAGGGACAGGCCAGCAGUCAAACUGUGCCAAGAGAACCUCCUCUACCACAUCAACUGAACCUCUGCAGGCCAGAGGUGACUGUUCUAAGAUUUCUGGCCCUAUUGCAUGGACGUCUUUGACACAAGUGGAAUGCCUAGAGAGUCACUCAGGAAGCUGCAAACGCAAAAAAGACUCAAUGCAGUUGAACGGCUUGCAGGCGCAAUCUCAAGCUUUGCCGCACUCAUCUAGCUGUGCCUCCCAGGCCCACAUGCAGGCUCACUGUCAUAGUAGUCAAAGCGUGGGUACCGCCGAGUCACGGCAGGGCACAGCGGGGCAGUUGAUUGCUCUCCCUGGGGUAGAUGGGAAUGUGAAAGCCAAGCUUCAAGCCAUGGAGGCUCUGAUCAGCUCUAGUCAAGAAACCAUCAAAGUGCUGCUGGGGGUCAUUCAAGAGCUGGAAAGAGGAGAGGCGCAGCGAGAGGGACUUUCAUAUCGAACUGGGCAAGAUACCGCCAACUGUGACACAUGUCGUAACAGUGCCUGCAUCAUAUACAGUGUGGAACUAGAUUUUAAACUUCAGGAGGACAAACUGCAGCCCUUAAUGAAGAGAUUGUGUCCAUUAGAAGAGCCGACUUACCCCUCUCUGCCUUACACACACGAGGUGUUCACCUCCACUCCCAAACGCAAGUCCAAGACUGAGUCCAAGAAGCACGCUCGCUGGAAACUCUGGUUUCUUUAACAUAUGACUAGGAAUUUUAUUGGAUUUGGGAUCUGUGCACUAUCAGACCACCAAAACCAGCAAAUUCUUGUGGAAUUCUGCUUUACAUAUUGGAUAAACAUGGUGACUUGGUGGCUCAUUGCUAUCCACUGUUAUGGAACAAGCAUCAUGGGCUGAAAUGAGCGAAUGGAUUUUAAUGAGGAAUAACAAUUGUUUUCUUAUCAUGACCCUCUAAUAAACCCUCUGAGUUUGGGAACUAUUGAAUUCACCUGUGCUCACAUUUUCCAUAAGGAUUACACAGUACUCCUUAGGUUCAAACAAGUUUGCAAGGUAAGCAAGCAGGGCUGUUAUUAGAUGCAUUGUGUAUGUGUUUUAAUACUGUAAUACUGUAUACACUACCGGUCAAAAGUUUUGAAACACUUACUCAUUCUUUAUUAUAAUUUUUUUUUUCACAUUUUAGAAUAAUAGUAAAGUCAUCAAAACUAUGGAAUAACAUAAAUGGAACUAUGGGAAUUAUGUUGUGACUAAACAAAAUCCAAAAUAAAUCAAAACUGUGUUGUAUUUUAGCAUCUUCAUAGUAGUCAUCCUUUGCCUAGAAUUUGCAGACAUGUACUCUUGACAUUUUCUCAACCAACUUCUUGAGGUAUCACCCUGGGAUGCUUUUUAAACAGUAUUGAAGGAGUUCCCAUCUAUGUUGGGCACUUAUUGGCUGCUUUUCUUUAUUAUUUGGUCCAAGUCAUCAAUUUCAAAAACUUUUUUUUAAAAUUCAUUUUAGUUUUAUAAUGAAAUAAAUUAAUAUGGUAGCACAAUUAUAUUUUUGUUUACAAAACUAAUUUCAAACAUUUAAGCAUACGCCUUCAGAUCAAAAGAUUUUUAAGAUCAUGAGAAACAUUUCAGUCAAGUGUUUCAAAACUUUUGACCGGUAGUGUAUGUCUAACUCAAAGAUUUCUCUCUCCUCUCUCUACAUUUAUCUCUUCUUAUUUUAGGGGCCCAGAAGAGCUGAAACGAAACGUCAAAACUAAAUGCUAGUUUGCCUCAAAACUACUUUGGAGUCAUACAUUAAAGGCAUCUAAUCAGCAAAGCACAAACUUUUGAGAAUUAUAAAGUAGAUUUGAUACCUGAGAUACCUCUUUUUCUCUCUCAGUCUUCUCUUUAUUUCUUUCUCUCCAAUUUUAGAGAGGGUUCAAAUAAAAAUGUAUUAUUAUUCUAUGACAGAAUAAAUUAAAUUAUACCUAGUGAGUGAAUGCAGAAUCCAUUGACUGCAUGCACUAAUAAUCUAUGACUUUGUAGAUAUAUUUUUCCUGGAAAAUGUUGAGGAUGCACAAUUACAGCAGUAUGUCAGCAAUGGUUAGGGUAUACAUGUAUUAAUGAAAAUGGGUUUAACUGGUUGGUGUUCUAAAAAAAAUAAAAAUAAAAAAAAUUAUAUAUAUACAGGUGCAUCUCAAUAAAUUAGAAU